AUUAACCUAGCUAUCACGAAUGAACAACUCACCUAAUUUGUAAAGAUACUUUCCGGUGAAAAAAAGGGAUAGAUGUUGUUGCAUACUGCCAUUGGUUCAAGACUCGACAAAGGUUUCCAUAUGCCAUUGAUGAUUGAUGAAACCAACACCCAUUUGAACCACCAUAUCACAACCCAUUAAGCUAGCCAUUAAUACACAUUCUUUUGAGUUGACUUUGAUCAUUUGAAGAAGUCAGAAGCAAUAAAAAGGUAUCCAAUUCAAACUUAAUCAUGCUCAAGUUUCAACAACUUUGCAUUUUCCCUUCAAAAAAUUGGUCUUCUUUGAUCACCAUAACCAAAACAUCCAUCACAAGACCCAAAUUCCAAAUGAGUUUUCAUACGACACCGUCUUAUGCUUCUAAGUACCUGUUUCGGCAGCUAUUCGAGAAAGAGUCUUCUACUUAUACUUACCUUCUUGCCGACGUUUCUCACCCUGAAAAGCCUGCUUUGUUAAUUGAUCCGGUGGACAAGAUGGUUGACCGAGAUCUUUCUCUGAUUCAACAACUAGGACUGAAGCUUAUAUAUGCUAUGAACACCCAUGUACAUGCUGACCAUAUUACUGGAACUGGCAUGCUUAAGAAUAAGGCUCCCGGUGUUAAGUCAGUCAUUUCCAAAGCAAGCAAUGCUAAAGCUGAUCUUCUGGUGGAACCUGGUGACAAAGUCUUUGUUGGUGACCUUUUUCUUGAGGUUCGGCCCACUCCUGGUCAUACAGUAGGCUGUGUGACAUAUGUUACAGGAGAUGGACAUGAUCAACCACAGACAAGGAUGGCUUUCACUGGUGACGCUCUGCUGAUACGUGGAUGCGGACGAACAGAUUUCCAGGGUGGAAGUUCUGCUGAGCUCUACAAGUCAGUUCAUUCACAAAUAUUCACCUUGCCCGAGGAGACGUUAGUUUAUCCUGCUCAUGAUUAUAAGGGUUUUAUGGUUAGUACCGUGAGAGAGGAGAAGCUAUACAAUCCUCGCUUGACAAAAGAUGAGGAAACAUUCAAAGGCAUAAUGGAAAACUUAAACCUAGCAUAUCCGAAGAUGCUUGAUGUAGCGGUACCUGCAAACAUGGUCUGUGGCUUGCAAAAUCCAGUUCCGACUACCCUUUGAUUUUCCCGGAAAAAUCAACGACAAUUACGGUAUUCUCGUUGUUUGCUGUUAACUGUCGACGCUGCAGAAUCUUCAUUGUAUUGUGUUUGUACUAAAAUAGCAGGCUGUACUCUGGUGACUUGGAGAAGAGGAUCCAUGUAUAGAUUUAAUUAGAAUUGGAUUAUUUUUCCUAAAAGAAAAGAAUUGAUUAUAGUUUGGUUUUCGGAUUACAUGGUUUAUUAAUAAUCAAUAAAUUGGGAGUAUAACUUCUUCGUGAUGGGAAGUUGCAAAUAAUGUGUUGUAUAUUGCAGGGUCAGUUGAAAAUAAAAUCUUUGUUAUUAAAAAAUAAUGUGACGUAUAUAUUUGAUCUUAAAUUUCGUAUC